AUGGCAGCCAUGGGAGGAGGAGGACCAGAUCAUCUCUUCAAUCUAAGAAACCAAUUCUAUCUAGGAGCGUAUCAAACAGCGAUCAACAACAGUGAGAUCCCUAACCUCUCGCCGGAAGACGCCGUGGAACGCGACUGCCUCGUCUUCCGCUCAUACAUCGCUCUCGGUAGCUAUCAGCUUGUUAUCAGCGAGAUCGAUGAAUCCGCAGCUACUUCACUGCAGGCAGUGAAAUUAUUGGCUAUGUAUCUCUCGAGUCCUGCUAAUAAGCAAUCAACCAUUUCAAGCUUGAGGGAAUGGUUGGCAGAUUCAACAAUAGGAAACAAUGCUACUUUGCGACUGGUUGCUGGUAUUGUUUUCAUGCAUGAGGAAGAUUAUAGUGAAGCUCUGAAGCACACUCAUGCUGGAGGAACUAUGGAUCUGCAUGCAUUGAAUGUCCAAAUAUUCAUUAAGAUGCAUAGAUCAGAUUAUGCUGAGAAGCAGCUUGGAGUUAUGCAACAAUAUGAUGAAGACCACACUCUAACUCAACUUGCUACCGCGUGGUUUAACCUGGCAGUGGGUGGCUCGAAGAUACAGGAAGCUUAUCUCAUUUUCCAGGAUUUCUGUGAGAAGUAUCCCAUGACAUGCUUGAUCUUGAAUGGAAAAGCAGUUUGCUGUAUGCAAAUGGGUAACUUCGAUGAAGCUGAAUCACUUCUCCUUGAAGCACUCAACAAGGAUGCUAAGGACCCAGAAACUCUUGCAAACCUUGUAGUGUGCAGUCUUCAUGUUAGCAAAUCAUCUUCUCGUUACUUAAGCCAGCUGAAACUAUCACACCCAGAGCAUGUGCUUGUGAAGCGUGUAUCAUCAGCCGAAGAUAACUUCGAGAGAGCAGUUCAAUCUGUGGCCUGA